AAGAAAUCUUUCAAGUUUUAUGUCAAACACAAAGAGGAUCCGAUGUAAGGCAGCAAUUGCUUGGGAAUUGGGAAAAGAACUUUCAUAUGAAGAAAUAGAAGUAUUAGCACCAAAAGCUCAUGAAGUGCGUGUAAAAAUUAUUUGGUCUGCGUUGUGUCAUACAGAUGUAUAUACACUUAUGGGAAAGGAUGAGGCGAGAUUUCCAAUGAUACUUGGACAUGAAGGAGCAGGAAUUGUGGAAUCAGUAGGAAAGGGAGUAAUUGACAUAAAAGAAGGAGAUCAUGUAUUGGUAUUAUAUAUUCCUGAAUGCAGAAUGUGUAAAUUUUGCUUGAGUGGUAAAACAAAUUUAUGCAUGAAGAUCAAUGAAACGCAAGCUAAAGGGACAAUGCCAGAUGGUACAACAAGAUUUAGAGCAAACGGAAGAGAAAUUUUUCAUUUUAUGGGUGCAUCAACUUUUUCUCAAUAUACAGUGAUUCCAGAUAUUUCUUUAGUAGUCAUUUCUAAAGAAGCUCCUUUAGAUAAGAUCUGUUUGCUCGGUUGUGGAAUAACAUCUGGAUAUGGAGCAGCUAUUCGCUCUUCAAAAAUAGAGCCUGGAUCAACAAUUGCUGUUUUUGGCAUUGGAUGCGUUGGUUUGUCAGUUAUACAAGGAGCAGUGGCAUCUAAUGCUAGAAAAAUUGUAGCAAUUGAUAUCAAUAGUGAUAAAGAAUCAUGGGCAAGGAAGUUUGUGGGUGAUACAGAUUUCGAAUUUGUUAAUCCUUUAAAAAUGGAUGUUUCUGUUCGUGAUUAUCUCAUAGAAAUAUCAGAUGGAGGGUUCGAUUAUACAUUUGAUUGCACAGGAAAUGUUCAUGUUAUGGAACAAGCUCUUGAAGUAUCCGCAAAAGGAUGGGGAAAGCUUUGCAUUAUAGGUUCUUCUCUUGAAGGCAAAAAACUUUGCUUUGCACCUUUUCUUGUUGUAACUGGUCGCCAAAUUAUUGGAUCUGCUUUUGGUGGUAUUAAAGGCCGAUCUGAAAUCCCUCAACUUGUUGAGCUUUACAUGAAAGGUCAACUUAAGCUUGAUGAAUAUAUUACUCAUAAAAAAAAUAUAAAAACUAUCAACGAAGGAUUUCAAAUAAUGAAAACUGGAAAUUGUAUUCGUUGCAUUUGUGACAUGCAAAAUGUUACAUAAUACAAUAAAAAUACUUUUUAUAUAACACCAUUCUAAAGAUAAUA